ACGCGGAGCCCAGAGGUGUCCGUACCUAGUGGCCCUGGGCCGCCGGGGACACAGGGGGUGAGCGCAGGUCGGGGACCCUCCGGGACCUACCAUGAACUCCAAGAAGAGAGGGAGCCCCGCGCGGACUCAUUCCAUGAUGUCCCUGUCCGUGCGGCCGCAGCGCCGCCUGCUCAGCGCCCGGGUCAAUAGGAGCCAGUCCUUCGCAGGCGUCCUCGAGCGCGGGCCCAGGAACUUCCAGGUCUUCAGCCCACCAGGGCCUCCACGAAAGCCCCUAGUGCUCUCCCGAGUGUCCAGGAUGUUUUCUGUGGCUCACCCAACGCCUAAGGUGCCACAACCAGAGCGGCUGGACUUGGUCUACACUGCCCUUAAGAGAGGCCUGAAGGCCUACUUGGAAGUGCACCAGCAGGAGCAAGAGAAGCUCCAGGGGCAGAUAAAGGAGUCCAAGAGGAAUUCCCGCCUGGGCUUUCUCUAUGACUUGGACAAGCAAGUCAAGUCCAUUGAACGUUUCCUGAGACGACUAGAGUUCCAUGCCAGUAAGAUCGAUGAGCUGUACGAGGCAUACUGUGUCCAGCGGCGUCUCCGGGAUGGUGCCUACAACAUGGUUCGUGCUUACAGCACAGGGUCUCCAGGGAGUCGGGAGGCACGAGACAGCCUGGCUGAGGCCACUCGGGGGCAUCGAGAAUACACAGAGAGCAUGUGUGUGUUAGAGAACGAGUUGGAGGCACAGCUAGGCGAGUUUCAUCUCCGGAUGAAAGGGCUGGCUGGUUUUGCCAGGCUAUGUGUGGGAGAUCAGUAUGAGAUCUGCAUGAAAUAUGGCCGUCAGCGCUGGAAACUAAGAGGCCGCAUUGAGAGUAGUGGAAAGCAGGUGUGGGACAGUGAGGAAACUAUAUUUCUUCCUCUGCUCACGGAAUUCCUGUCCAUCAAGGUGACAGAACUAAAAGGCCUGGCCAACCAUGUAGUUGUGGGCAGUGUCUCCUGUGAGACCAAGGACCUGUUUGCUGCUCUGCCCCAGGUUGUGGCUGUGGACAUCAAUGACCUUGGCACCAUCAAGCUCAGCCUGGAAGUCAUAUGGAGCCCCUUCGAUAAAGAUGACCAGCCCUCGGCUGCCUCUACUGUCAACAAAGCCUCCACUGUCACCAAACGCUUUUCUACCUAUAGCCAGAGCCCACCAGACACACCUUCGCUUCGAGAGCAGGCCUUCUAUAACAUGCUACGGCGGCAAGAGGAGCUGGAGAAUGGGACAGCAUGGUCGUUGUCAUCCGAAUCAUCAGAUGACUCAUCUAGCCCACAGCUGUCAAGCACUGCCCGCCACUCAUCAACCCCCAGACCCCUGGUGCAGCAGCCUGAGCCCCUGCCCAUCCAAGUUGCUUUCCGAAGGCCUGAGACACCCAGCUCUGGCCCCAUGGAUGAAGAGCGGGCUAUGGCGCCAGCCCUUGCCAACGGUCAUACUCCUUAUAGCAGGACUCUGAGCCACAUCAGCGAGGCCAGUGUGGAUGCUGCCUUGACUGAGGCUUCAGUGGAGGCUGCGGGCUCAGAAAGCAUAGCCCCAGGACCGAGUCCAUCAACAAACCCAGAUCCUACCCAUGAGGAGCACCUCAGUAGUGUUCCGCCUGUCCUAGACACUAACCAUAUCUUCACAAGACCCACUCUCAGCACAGCAGGUCCUGCCUCUACAUCAGUAGAUCCUAUCUCAUGUACACAGCUAGGCUUAGUCCCUGUGGCCACAGACUCUGGCCCUUCUGAGUUGCCAGCCUCUACGCACACCACUACAAGUUCCACCUCGAGUGCCAAAAGCCCUGUCAACAGUGCUCCAAGCCUCACUUCCACUACUACAGGGUCUACUCACAAACCAGUGCUCUCCACAGUCACCACUACAGGCUCUAACCCUAACGCUACAGGUGUAGCCCAAACUACCACAAGCCCUGCUACCCACACUACAUCAAGCCCCACCCAUACCACUGCAAGCCCAACGCGUACCACUCCAAGUUCCACUACAUGUGCCACUCAUGCUACCACAAGCCCUACCCCUACCUCUACAAGCUCUACCCAAGCCACUGCAAGCCCCACCCACACCCCUGCAAGCCCCACCCACAAAGUGAGGAUGUCAACUCAUACCACUACAGGUCCUAUGCCUGAUGCCAUCAGCCCAGUCCAGACCACCACAAGUCCCACACCGAUAACUGAGAGUCCAUCCCCUUCUCUAGGCCUUCCUAUGCUCCCCCAAUGCUCUACAGACCCUGCCCGCCCAGGCAUAGAAUCCCUGCCCUUUAGCCACCCAGCCUCUAUUCCCUCUACUCAGGCAGAUCCCACAGCACCCAGCACCUCCUGCCAGAGUCCUGCCUAUUCUGGUUGUAAAUCCUUCACAAGCCCUUCCUUAGAUCCCUCAGAGCCUAUCCCAGAGCCUGUCCUUAAGAACCCAAGCCCCCCUUCCUCACCCCUAGUCCCCGCUUCUCAGUGUUCAGAACUUUGCCUGGCCACAACGGCUCGAGCCUCAGUACCGGGAGAAGCUGGUGGGACUGGGGACAGGAGGCUGGAAGAGGCCAUGGGGGCCUUAAUGGCUGCCCUGGAUGACUAUCGUGGCCAGUUCCCUGAGCUACAGGGCUUGGAGCAGGAGGUGACUCGGCUGGAGGGCCUGCUCAUGCAGAGACAAGGCUUGACUCGUAGCCGGGCCUCCAGUCUCAGCAUCACUGUUGAGCAUGCCCUGGAGAGCUUCAGCUUCCUCAAUGAAGAUGAAGAUGAAGACAAUGAUGGUCCCAGGGACAGGCCUUUGAACAGCCCUGAGGCCAGACUAGACUCACCCAGCGCCCACCCCCUCAGCACAGGGUGUCCAGCCCUGGAUGCUGCCUUGGUCCAGCACCUGCACCACUGCAGACGCCUCUUGCUGGUGAGGCGGAAACUUGGCACAUUUGGGCCCCUACGUUGCCAGGAGGCAUGGGCCCUUGAGCGGCUGCUGCGGGAAGCUCGUGUGCUUGAGGCAGUGUGUGAGCUCAGCAGGCUAUGGGACAUCCCUGUCACUUCUGCCCAGGAAGUGGUGCAGUUCUCGGCCUCCAGGCCCGGAUUCCUGACCUUCUGGGACCAGUGCACACAAGGACUAAGCCCCUUCAUCUGCCCCAUAGAGCAGGUGCUCCUCACCUUCUGCAGCCAGUAUGGUGCCCGUCUUUCCCUGCGCCAGACAGGAUUAGCAGAAGCUGUGUGUGUGAAGUUCCUGGAGGAUGCCCUGGGGCAGAAGCUGCCCAAAAGGCCCCAGCCAGGCCAUGGGGAACAGUUCACCAUCUUCCAGUUUUGGAGUUAUGUAGAAGCUGUGGACAGCCCCUCUAUGGACGCCUAUGUGACAGACACUGCUGAGGAGGUGUUACUGGUACGGAAUCUAAACUCCGAUGAUCAGGCUGUUGUGCUGAAGGCCCUGAGGUUGGCACCUGAGGGGCGGCUGCGAAGGGAUGGGCUUCGGGCCCUUAGCUCCCUGCUGGUCCACGGUAACAACAAGGUCAUGGCUGCUGUCAGCACACAGCUCCGGAGCCUGUCACUGGGCCCUGUCUUCCGGGAAAGGGCUCUUCUGUGCUUCCUGGACCAGCUUGAGGAUGAGGACGUGCAGACUCGAGUGGCUGGAUGCCUGGCUCUGGGCUGCAUCAAGGCUCCUGAGGGCAUUGAACCCCUGGUGUACCUAUGCCAGACAGACACAGAAGCUGUGAGGGAAGCAGCCCGGCAGAGCCUGCAGCAGUGUGGGGAAGAAGGACAGUCUGCCCAUCGACGGCUAGAGGAGUCAUUGGAUGUCCUGCCCUGCAUCUUUGGGCCCAGCAGCAUGGCCAGCACAGCAUUCUGAACUCUCCAAUCACCUUUUCCCCCAUUUUCAGGGCUCACCAGGCACUGGCAGGGAGGGUGAGGGCUGGCUCCAGACAUCCCUCCACACAGAUUCCUAUCAAUGAAAAUCUAAUAUAUUCUUCUGUUGCCCCUGGGGUUGGUAGAGUCAGUGCCUGCAGUGAAGUGCCUCUCAGACUUGGCUCAGCACAUCCUUUGCCACAAAUAAUGUCCAGGGCCUGGCCAUCUUGCUCUGCCUCACCAAAUCCCUUGGUUUUAUAUUUUAUUUACAGAGUUUUACAGAAAGUAAAAAAGCAAAAUGCCUUUCCUA